AUCUCCUCUCGAACCUACCCCCGAGUCCCUCGCUUCCUUUUCCCUGACCCAGGGAAGCUUCAGAGCUUCCUCUCUCUGUGAGUGCCCGUGCUUUUUCUUUCACUGUGAUCCCUGAAACCCUAACCCGAGCGUCUGGAAGCUUCUCCUAUGGCGUACCAGACCCCCGAUCGCGACUCAGAAUCCGGAUUGCAAAAUCAAACACGUCUAUACAAUCCCUACAAGGACCUCGAGGUACCUAUUCGAAAUCUUUACCAGCUUCCAACAUCCCCGGAGUACCUUUUCGUUGAAGAGGCCCGCCGCAAGCGACGAUCCUGGGGUGAGAAUCUCACCUUCUACACUGGCUGCGGAUACCUAGCCGGCGCCGUUGGUGGCGCUGGAGGGGGACUCGUCGACGGCGUUAAAUCCUUUGAAUCUGGCGACACCACGAAGCUUCGGAUUAAUCGGGUUCUCAACGCUUCUGGCCAUGCGGGUCGGGCUUGGGGCAACCGACUUGGUGUGAUCGGGUUGAUGUAUGCCGGUAUCGAGAGCGGGAUUCAGGCCGUGAGGGAUACUGAUGAUGUCUGGAAUAGUAUGGCGGCGGGGCUUGGCACGGGUGCAUUGUAUCGAGCCGCAAGAGGAGUGAGAUCGGCUGCGGUCGCGGGAGCCGUUGGUGGAGUUGUGGCGGGAGUGGCUGUGACGGCGAAGCAGGCAUUGAAACGCUACGUGCCAAUAUGAAGAGCUUAUUUUGUGUGAGCUCUUAUUUUUUAUUCCUUUCAUAUCAAUUUUGAGUGAGUAUUGAAGUACAAGCUGUAGACAGUAGGUUACCAAUGUGUGGCAGUUGAUACUAAAUCUGCUGUUGCAAAAUAUUGUUUGAAUGCAUAAUUUCAUCUUGAUGAUGGCUAACCCUUCCAUUGAAAUUCGUCGAAUUACGCUGUAAUGAAUAAAUUUGAGAUACAAUUUUGUUUAUAGCAUCAGCUAUAGAUUGUGAAUGCAUAAAAGAUUUUGAAAA